AUGGCAGAAAUCCCAGCGAUGCAGACCGUGCUCAUCCUCCACGCGGCGAAGCAGCCGUACGAGACGGCGGAAGGCUACCAGGUUCCCGAGAUCCAAAAUGAGCAGGAGGUGCUGGUGAAGACGGAGCACAUCGGUCUCAACCCAAUCGACUGGAAAGCACCCGACUUCAACUUCGCAAUCCCAACCCUCCCCUACAUCUCAGGCCGCGAACUCGUAGGCCGCGUCGUCCGCCGCCCGCAACCAUCAUCGACAACAGCAGCAACAACCUCCCAAAAGCAAAGUCAAAGCCGCCUCCGUGAAGGCGACCAGGUCCUCGUCAUCUCCACAGACUACCGCGACCUUCGCAAGGCAGCCUACCAGGAAUACGUCGUCACCUCAGACUUCAACGCCGCCCGCAUCCCGCCCAACGUCUCCCCGCGCGCCGGCGCGACCCUCGGCGUCGCCUUCGUCGCUGCCGCGCUCUCCCUGGCCGUCUGCAUGGGCGUAGACUUUUCCCACGUCCUCGACGGGCCGGAUCUGUUGACGAUCCUGCGCUCCGUUCCGCCGGAAAGUCUGCCGCAGGAUAUCAGGGCAGAGUGUCUUUCAGGCAUCGGCAACCAUGAAAGGGCCACGGCGGGCGACUGGGUCGUCAUCUGGGGCGGGUCGUCGACCUCUGCGAACUUGGCUGUGCAGCUUGCGCGGCUUGCGGGGUUGAAGGUCGUUACUGUGGUAGAUAAGCUGCGUCACGGCCUCCGACUGUCGAACCAUACUGUCCUCCGCCCCGAUUUACUCGUCGACAGCCACGACCCUGCGCGCGCCAUCGACAUCAUCCGCGCCAACGUCGGAAAAGACCUGCGCUUCGCGCUGGAUACUAGCGGUCGGGAGUCCGCCGGCUGGUUGCUCCGCGCGUUGACACCGUCGCAGGACGCCAACGCGCCGCCUAGCCCGCCGGAUACGCCUCGCAACUCGGCGCCGACUGUCAAGCACCUCAUCGGUCUGACUGGUCUACCCAAGGAGCAGGCACCAGAGGCAGUCGCAUACCACACCGUCCCCAUCAAGGUCUUCCACGAGGUCCCUGCUGUGGGAGAAGCCCUCGUGACGUGGCUGGAGCGCUUGCUCGAGAGCGGCCUCGUCAGCCCGCCCGAGGUCCUCGGUGUAGAAGAAGGAUUCGAGGGCAUCAACCGUGGCCUCGACAGAAUGAGAAAGGGCGAGAUCCGCGGCGGGAGAAUGGUCGUCAGUCUCGCGCCAGAGGGGGCCGCGGCCGCACAGGAAGACGUCACGAGAGAGGCGAGCGUGCCGCCCGCGCUGGUUGAUUCGCCCAUGGCGGACGGCGUCGCGGAAGAAGAGCCUCAGCCCUCGGAAACGUCGCAGGCGUCGAGCCCUGAGUUCACCGCCCAGAAGCUUGCCGACACUGGCCUGCGGAGGGGAAGCGCGACAUUAUGGCAGGCUGGGCCAGCGGGCGAUGCGGUUCCUAGAAGCUUUCCUGACGAGCAGACUGAUGACAGGUCGAAUGCGGCGCCGAGAAGAAACUCUCUGUGGCAGCCCAAGUCAGCGGAAAUUGCGGUCGAAAAUGCCCGACCUUCGGUGAAGCAGACUGAUGUGACCCCGGAUUGGGCGCUACGGGGAAAAGCGGGGGCUACCCGGGGUCAGCCACUCCUCACCGAGCUUGACCUGGUUCAGCGCCAGCGGUUGCCGCUGGAACUCAUCUUGAACAUCAUCGAGAGUCUUCUCCCACCGAAUGAAUCGUCAAUCUUGCCUGCGUCCCAUAGUGCAACGAAAGCCCUGAUAUCAUUCAGUCGCGUCUCCCGCUCAACAUAUGACUUCAGUACCCGGCUGCUCCGCAAGCGAUGCAUGCACAUCGACUCGACAAGCCGCCUGAGCUUGCUUCUGCUGAGUCUCUUCUCACCGUCGCCUAGAGGUCUCCCGCCGACCCUAUCACUUAAAUGCAUCACUUCCCUCUACCUCAGUCCCUUUGGAAAGUCGCUAGAUGAUAAACCGACGGCCAUGUGGGUGCGCGAGCUCUUUUGCGAGGUUUGCGACACCCUCAAGCGCCUUAUCGUUGACAUGCCGUUCGGGACCUUGUCUGGAUACGAUGACCACCUCGAUGUCAGGCCGACUCUGACGGACGGGUUCCAGCGGCUAUCCAAGCUCGAGGAGCUCAUCUGUUUACGAGACUAUCCGGCCCUGACUUUCAUGCAACAGACCUUCACCGUCAACUGCUGGAGCUUGUGGCCCAACCUGAGGCGCGUCGUGUUAUUCAAUGCACCCAUGUCGAGCCACUGGCUCUGGUAUGACAUAGCAAACACAGCCCAGCUCGAACAAGUCGUUCUCGCACGACCACUAGUUCCGCCACGGAUCAAUGUCAAAGACGACUACUACCAUAUGCUGAACAGCUAUGACCACUUGACGCCCCGGAAGAUCAAGAUUGUGCUUGCCGAUGUGGAAAGCGACCUGCCGGAAAUAGAGACGACAAGAUGGGACGAGUACGACCCCGAGGGAAUGCUAGCCAUCGAGAAAUACGACAUCCCAACGUCUUUCUAUGGGGAUGAGAAUGCGACUGACUUGUGCUGCGACUGGGUCAAGAUGGCAGCCCUGAACGGGUCAAUUUGGGACUGGAAGAGUCACCCAGUGGACAGUCCGCCAGUAAAUGCGGUGCAGUAG